AUGUGUCCCGGCGGCCGCGGCGGCGGCGGCGGCGGCGGCGGUGGUGCUGCGCUGCUCCUGCUGGUGGUGCUGUGCUGCUCCCCCUACAGCAGUGGGUUCCUGAUGCUGGGAGGCCCUCGGCUGCUCCACUCUUCUGAUGGAGCUUUGGCUUCUGUUUGCUCCAGACUCCUGGACCAGAACCUCCAGGAGGAACUGAGAACUCAGAGAGGAACCGGAGUCACUCAUUUUAGAACCCAACUGCCCCCAGAACUACUGCACACAGACCACAGGGAGGACUUGUCUUGUCUCCAGACUCUGCUGGACCGUGUCCUUCAGGCAGAUCUUCAGCCCGUGUUGUUUGUGGACCUGUCCGUGGUCUUCACAGGGUCCAGACCUGGUCCAGACCUGGAGCAGAGGCUGGACGUGCUGUUUGAGCAGCUGGGUGGGCAGGUGCGCACCUGGAUCCUGCUCCUGUCGAGCACCACUGUGAGGGAGCAGCAGUUCUACGCCGAGCUCCAGCGCAUCUUCAGAAGACACUUUCCACAUGAAGAUCACGUUCUGUCUUUGGGGGUGAAAUCCCGGGACCUGUCGUCUCUGCCUGAGCUCCGGUCGGACCUGCCCGUGGAUUUCUUCUCCGUGGAGCUUCACCACGACUGUGACGUGGAGUCUGCGUUUGGAGACACGAUCGCAAACAUAAAGAGAGUGUCCGGACCUCGACCUGUUCUCAUCUACUCCAUCCACCUGGACCACUGCACGGACCACCAGCAGGUCCUGGGGAACCUGCUCACAGGUACCAACAACAGGUUCCGGUCGGACGUGGCCCCCCGCAGCGGCGCCUCCUUCCCUGCGGGCUUCCAGUGGGGCGUCUCCAGCGCUGCGUUUAAAGUGGAGGGGGGCUGGAGGGAGGGGGGUAAAGGAGAAACCAUCUGGGACAGACACCAGACUCGCCACUCCGCAGACGUGGCCUGUGACAGCUACAACAAAGUGCCCUAUGACGUGUCUCUGCUCAGAGGACUGGGCGUGGACUCAUAUCACUUCUCCAUCUCCUGGGCCAGGAUCUUCCCCACAGGGACAGGUUCUGCGAGCGAGGACGGGGCUCUGUAUUACGACUCGCUCAUAGACGCUCUGUUGGCGUCUGGGAUCCGGCCUCUGGUUUCUCUGUUUCACUGGGAUCUUCCUCAGACGCUGCAGGAAUCUGGAGGCUGGACCGACCCGUCCAUAGUCCAGGCCUUCAGGGACUACGCCGACUUCUGCUUCUCCCGAUACGGAGACCGAGUCCAGGACUGGAUCACCUUCAGCAGCCCCUGGACAGUGAGUCACGCCGGGUACGGCACCGGGGAGCACCCCCCAUGGCGCCGAGACUACCAACGCAGCGCCUUCCAGGCGACGCACAACCUGCUGAAGGCGCACGCCGAGGCCUGGCACCUGUACGACCAGCGUUACCGCGCCACGCAGAGAGGAGAGGUGGGCAUCGCUCUCAACUCCGACUGGGCACAGGCCCUGGACCCAAACAACCCAGAAGACCAGGACGCCGCCCAGAGGUACCUGCAGAUGAUGCUGGGCUGGUUCGCUCACCCCAUCUUCGUGGACGGCGACUACCCUCCGGAGCUCAAGUCCCAGGUGGAGCUGAAAGCCAAAGAAUGUCCCGGAAACCCUCCGGCCGUUUUACCGCAGUUCAGCGCCGAGGAGAAGCUCCGCCUCAAAGGAACCGCCGACUUCUUCGGUUUGACGCAUUACACGUCGCGCCUGGUCAGCCACAAGAGGGCGCCCUGCGGCGGCUCCGGCCCCGAGGCGCUCAUGGACUACCAGACGCACGUAGACCCGACGUGGACGCCCACCGCCUCCGACUGGAUCUACCUGAACCCGGGAGGACUCCGGAGUCUGCUCAAGGACAUUUCAGAGAAGUAUCUGAGAGAGAGGAGCGUGCCGCUGUACCUGACCGGAGUGGGGAUGCCAACAGGGGGCGACGCCGAGCUGCUGCAGGACACCACCAGAGCUGAGUUCAUCCGCCGCUGUGUGGACGAGGCGCUGAAAGCCAUAGUCCUGGACAAAGUGGACCUGCGGCGCUUCACGGUCGAGUCUCUGUUGGACGGGUUUGAAGGAGCUCACGGCUACAGUCAGCGCUUUGGUCUUCACUACGUGGACUUUACGUCUCCGGACCGUCCCAGAACGCCCAAAACGUCCGCCUACGUCUACUCGCAGAUCAUCGAACAGAACAGAGCCGGCGACGGCCUCAAGGCGGCGCGCUCCCCUCCGCCCGUCUCCUUCACGCCGGGACUGAAGAACCUGCCCGCCUCACAGGUGCCCUCCCAGGCGUCAGUGGUGUGGGAGAAGUUCUCUCACUGGACAGAGUACCAUAACAGACUGUAUCAUUUCGGAACAUUCCCCAGCAACUUUCUGUGGGGAGUCAUGUCCUCGGCCUAUCAGGUCGAAGGAGCCUGGAACACUGAAGGAAAAGGCCCCAGUAUCUGGGACAAUUUUACUCACACACCAGGCCACGGUAUCCCAGAGGACGGUAAUGGAGAUGUGACGUGCGACAGCUACAACAAACUGAACGAAGACAUAAACCUGAUUAAAGCUUUAGGAGUCAAGUCCUAUCGAUUUUCCAUCUCCUGGUCCAGGAUCUUUCCCGAUGGCAUGACUACAACGCCCAACGCUCCAGGUGUGGCCUAUUACAAUAGCCUGAUUAACAGUCUGGUGGGUCUGGGCGUGGCUCCGGUGGUGACUCUGUACCACUGGGACCUGCCUCAGGCGCUGCAGAACAUCGGCGGCUGGGAGAACAACCAAAUCAUCCAAUAUUUCAACGCUUAUGCCGACUUCUGCUUCAAGACGUUUGGAGACAGAGUGAAGUUUUGGAUCACUUUUAACGACCCGUUCUCAAUCGCGUGGAAAGGCUACGGCAGCGGAGAGUUGCCCCCAAAACUCACUACGAACCCUGGAAUGGCUCCGUAUACAGCGGCACACAAUCUGAUCCUCGCUCACGCCACAGUUUACAAGACGUACGCCACAUAUCGUCCGACGCAGAAAGGCCUGGUCAGUAUCGCUCUGCACGCAGACUGGUAUGAGCCGCUGGACGUGAACACGCCCCGAGAGCUGGAGGCCGCAGACAGGGCCAUGCAGUUCAGGCUCGGAUGGUUCGCUCACCCCAUCUUUAAGAACGGAGAUUAUCCUGAAGCCAUGAAGUUUCACGUAGGAAACAAAAGCGAGAUCCAGGGACUGGCACAAUCUCGACUGCCGACUUUCACCCCGGAGCAGAUGAACUUAGUCAAAGGAGCGGCCGACGUGUUCUGUAUUAAUCACCAAACCACCAAAAAAGCCAAAUACGCAAUCCUGCCGCACGAUCCACCGUCGUACGGAAACGACUGGGACGUCGUAGAGGAGGAGAUGUGGCAGUUCCCUGUCGUGGUGUCAAACGGCCCCCGUAUGGUGCCCUGGGGCCUGAGGCGGGUCCUGAAUUGGGUGAAGGAAGAGUACGGAAACCCCGAGGUGUACGUGACCGAAAACUCCAUGCUCACCGUUAGAGAAAUGGCCACAGACGACUUCGACCGCGUGUUCUUCCUCAAGACCUACAUCGACGAGACGCUCAAAGCUCAGGCCGUGGACGGUGUACGUGUGAGUGGGUAUGUGGGGGUUCCUCUCAUGGACUCCUUCGAGUGGAUGAGGGGUUUCAUCAUGGGCAGCGGUCUGUACCAGGUGGACUUCACAAACCCGGUUCGACCCCGGACGCAGAAGUACGCAGCCAACUACUACAUGGACAUCGUCAAGAACAACGGGUUCCCCGCAGGUCCCGAUGACACUCCCUUGUACAACACCUUCAGAGACGACAUGCAGUGGAGCUCAGCCACCGCCUCGUUCCAGAUCGAGGGCGGUUGGCGUGACGACGGUAAAGGUCUGAACAUCUGGGAUAAGUUUUCUCACACUCCAGACAAAGUGAAGAACGGCGACACGGGUGACGUGGCCUGCGACAGUUACCACCGCACGGCCGAGGACGUGAGCAUGCUCCAGCACAUCGGCGUCAAGUACUACCGCUUCUCCAUCUCCUGGUCCAGAGUCCUGCCCGACGGCACAACGGCACACAUCAACGAGCCCGGCGUGCAGUACUACGUGACACUGGUGGACACUCUGCUCCAGGCCGGAAUCCAACCACAGAUCACGCUGUACCACUGGGACCUCCCUCAGGCGCUCGAGGACAUCGGCGGGUGGCAGAACGUCUCCAUGGUAAAAUAUUUCACAGAUUACGCCGACCUGAUGUUCACCCGCCUCGGGCCCAAAGUCAAACGCUGGAUCACCUUCAACGAGCCGUACAUCGUCGCCAACCUGGGCUAUGGCUACGGAGUCUUCGCCCCCGGGGUCAACAACGCCCCAGGAGAAAUCCCGUACGUCGUGGCUCAUCACCUGAUCAAAGCCCACGCCGAGGCCUGGCACCUGUACAACGACAAGUACCGAGCGUCUCAGGGAGGAGAGAUCUCCAUCACGCUGAACGCCGACUGGGCCGAACCUCGCAACCCGCACAAGCAGGACAUCACUGCCACCUACAAAUAUGUAGAGUUCUUCCUGGGCUGGUUCGCUCAUCCCAUUUACAUCGGAGACUACAGUCAGAUCAUGAAGGACACCAUCAGGAACAGAAGCCUGGCACAAGGCUACACCAAGUCCAGACUGCCGGAGUUCACCCCAGAGGAGAUCCAGAGGAUUAAAGGCACUCACGAUUACUUUGGUCUGAACCACUACACCACCAAACUCAUCUUCCCCAUCAACUACGCCCAGGAAGAUCCAACCUACGACGCCGACAGGGGCGUGGGAGCCGUAGAUGACUGGAGCUGGCUGGAGUCUGGCUCCUCGUGGCUCAAAGUGACUCCGUUCGGGAUCAGGAGGCUCCUGAAGCACAUCAAAGACACGUACGGAAACCCCCAGAUCCUCAUCACCGAGAACGGAGUGAGCGAGAAAGGAACCGUGGACCUCAACGACCUGGUGCGCCAGUACUACUACAACAACUACAUCAACCAAGUACUCAAAGCUCGUGUUCUGGACGGCGCCGACGUCCGGGGCUACACCGCCUGGUCGCUCAUGGAUAACUUCGAGUGGGCGGAGGGAUACGGCGAGCGCUUCGGUCUGUUCUUCGUGAACCGGUCUGACGCCGGACUCCCCCGGACCCCCAAAGUCUCGGUCCAGACCUACUCCACCAUCAUCAGGUGCAACGGCUUCGUCGACCCCAACUCAGGCCACCCCUGUCUGCAGGCCCCAGUGUUGACCACGACCGCUCAGCCCGUCACGUUCGCGCCGCUGAACAUCCUGGGCAUGAAACUGAGUCCCGCCGAGGCCGAGACCGGGUUCAACACCACCUUCGCCCUCAUGAUCAUCUCGUUCGCCGCUGCUCUGGGCGGCGCCGUGGGCAUCUUCAUGAUGCGACGCAAACACAAGGACUAA